AUGCUCGGGCUAUUGCAGCGUCUGCUGGUUGCCUUCCUCGCCUUUGUAUGCUUUGUAUCCAUCUCGGCCUUCGAGCUCGAUAACGUUCAGUUGACUCAUUCGGACCUCAACCUCAAUGGAACCGCUCAAGAGGAACUGCGGGUUCGCAGGGCGACUGUUCCGUAUACUACUAGUUUAGGUUUCUACACCGACGAUAUACUUCGAGAUGAAAAAUUCUCAACUGGCCAAAUUGCGUACACAUCUGUGAUAGAUUACACCGUGGAUGUUGACAGCUGGACUGAUGAGCAGCUGCUCGGUGUAGCUGAGCAAGCAUGGGACGAGAUGAUAGUCGUACACCAGGAAUGGAUGGAUGACUGCAAAACCCAAGGCAGGAAAGAUUUCCUCAAACGCUUCACUCCUCCUAUGGUCUCCGUCCUUGCUGUCGGCAACACUCUAUAUAUCGGCAGUGUUAUGAAAUUAAGCACCCCAAACGCGUUGUUCACGUUCAAGCCAGCCGAUGACGGGAAGUAUGUGGAUAAAAAGGUUAUAGAUAUCAUGGAGAACGCAUUCGUCCAAGCUGCAACAGAGUUCACAAACAAAAACAAAGAUUGGGCCAUUUCAAAGGACCCGCGAAAAGGCCACACCAACUCGGGGUGCUGUGCGGAGUUCGUUGCAACAUCUCUGUGUGUCAUCGACACUGCGCUGCUGCCUUGGGAUGUGAAGACCAAGAAAAAGCCCAGGAUCGUCGCUUGGGGAACUGGGGCCAGUGAUCCUUUCACUGUCGCGGGCACUCAACAGAAUCCGUGCUGGAAGAAAAAUUCUCAGCAGACCAAGGACGGCACUGACAAAAUUGGCUGCGGCCAAUUUGUGGAAGGGAAGAUGGCAAGUCAUACAUUUCAUAAUUGUCACUGA